AAGGAGCUAACUUUCUGUUGAGGGGCAGCUGGCGGUCUGUGCUCUGCUCGGCUCACUGCUAGCAAUGGCGCUGCGGGCUGGCCAGCUCUUUUCUCCGUGUCUACUCGCGGUGGCUUUGUUAUUGCUUGCUAGCGGAUCACAGUUUGUACUUUGUUGUCCGAGUCGCUGUUUGUGUUUCCGAACCACCGUGAGAUGUAUGCAUCUAAACUUGGAAACCGUUCCAGCAGUUUCUCCUCAGACUACCAUUCUAGACCUGAGGUUCAACAAAAUCAAGGAUUUACAACCAGAGUCCUUCAGGCGAUUAAAGAACCUCAACACACUCCUCCUCAACAACAAUCAUAUACGGAGGAUCCCCAGGGGAGCAUUUGAAGACUUGGAAAACCUUAAAUAUCUCUAUUUGUACAAGAAUGAAAUCCAAUCAAUUGACAGACAAGCAUUUAAGGGGCUUGUCUCUCUUGAGCAACUGUACCUGCACUUCAACAACAUUGAGUCUUUGGAACCAGAAUCAUUCACUCAUCUACCAAAGCUGGAACGACUGUUUUUGCACAACAACAGAAUCACCCAGCUAGUCCCGGGAACCUUCUCUCAUCUUCAGGCCAUGAAGCGAUUGCGACUGGAUUCCAAUGCAUUAAACUGUGACUGUGAGCUGCUGUGGCUGGCUGACCUGCUGAAGCAGUAUGCUGAGUCGGGCAAUGCCCAGGCUGCUGCUACCUGUGAUUACCCCAGCCGCCUGCAGGGCAGAUCGGUGGCAACACUCACCGCUGAGGAGCUCAACUGUGAGGUACCCAGGAUCACCUCAGAGCCCCAGGAUGUCGAUGUUACAUCAGGAAACACUGUCUACUUCACCUGUAGGGCUGAAGGCAACCCCAAACCACAGAUCAUCUGGCUCAGGAACAACAAUGCUCUAAACAUGCGCGAUGACAGUCGUCUGAACCUGCUGGAAGACGGGACGCUAAUGAUUCAGGACACCAGGGAGACGGACCAGGGAGUUUACCAGUGCAUGGCCAAAAACGUGGCCGGGGAGGUCAAGACUUCACAGGUCACGCUGCGAUAUUUUGGAGCCCCCUCACGGCCAAGUUUUGUGAUCCAGCCCCAAAACACUGAGGUGCUGGUGGGAGAGAGUGUGACCCUGGAGUGUAGUGCCACAGGCCAACCGCAGCCCCGGGUCUCUUGGACAAAGGGCGAUCGGACACCCCUGCCCAGCGACGCUCGCAUCAACAUCACCCCCUCCGGAGGGCUUUAUAUCCAAAACGUGGACCAGGCUGAUGGGGGACAGUAUACCUGUUUUGCCUCCAAUAAUGUUGAUACCAUACACGCUACAGCGUAUAUCAUUGUACAAGCAAUCCCCCAGUUCACAGUCACUCCACAGGACCAGUCAGCCCUGGAGGGUCACACGGUGGACUUCCCCUGUGAGGCAAGUGGUUACCCCCAGCCGGUCAUUGCCUGGACACGUGGGGGCAGUCCAUUACCCCUAGACCGCCGUCAUGUGGUCCUGGCUUCUGGUACUCUCCGCAUCACUCGGGUGGCAGCUCAUGACGAGGGCCAGUAUGAAUGCCAGGCGGUCAGCCCUGUGGGGACUGUGCGCACUGCUGUGCAGCUCAGCAUCCAGCAAAGAGUAACGCCUGUUUUCACAAAUGCUCCAAGGGACCUGACGACGGAGUCUGGCCAGGACGUCCAGAUUCCCUGCAGCGCUCAGGGCCAGCCACAACCUGUCCUCACCUGGAACAAGGAUGGUGUACAGGUGACAGAGAGUGGCAAGUUCCACAUCAGCCCUGAUGGUUAUCUAGAAGUGAAAGACGUGGGCACGGCUGAUGCUGGACGCUACGAGUGUAUCGCUCGCAAUCCCAUCGGCUACCAGGUUGCCAGCAUGGUGCUUACUGUCACAGUUCCUGCAGUCAGCAGAGAGGGGGACACCUUUGUGAGCACGUCCAUAGAGCUAGCCAUCCGUAAUGUGGACAGUGCUAUUGAGUCAACAAGGAGACGUCUCUUUGAUGGUCAGCCUCGUACCCCAGGAGAGUUGCUAGCUCUUUUCCGGUAUCCACGUGACCCCUACACAGUGGAGCAGGCGCGUGCCGGGGAGAUCUUCGAGCAGACUCUUCUGCUCAUCCAGAACCAUGUCAACCAGGGUCUCAUGGUCGACACAAACGGCACCGCGUUCCGCUACAACGACCUGGUGUCCCCUCACUUUCUGGAUGUGAUUGCCAACCUGUCAGGCUGCACAGCCCACCGUCGCUUCAACAACUGCUCUGACAUUUGUUUCCACCAGAAGUACCGCAGCCACGAUGGGACCUGCAACAACCUGCAGCACCCUAUGUGGGGCGCCUCACUCACUGCCUUCGAACGACUCCUGAAGUCAGUGUAUGAUAAUGGCUUUAACCUGCCGAGGGGUGCUACUGAGCAGCUGCAUAAUGGAUAUAGGCUACCUCUGCCGAGGUUGGUUUCCACCACCAUGAUUGGAACAGAGACUAUCACUCCUGAUGAUCGUUACACUCACAUGCUGAUGCAGUGGGGUCAGUUCCUAGACCACGACUUGGACUCGACAGUGAUGGCCCUCAGCCAGUCACGGUUCUCCGACGGCCAGCUGUGUACUCAGGUCUGCAGCAAUGACCCGCCAUGCUUCCCAAUCCAGUUCCCACCCAAUGACCCACGGCAGCUGCGAAGUGGCACCCGCUGCAUGUUCUUUGUUCGAUCCAGCCCUGUAUGCGGCAGCGGGAUGACUUCUCUUCUCAUGAACAGCGUUUACCCAAGAGAGCAAAUCAACCAGCUGACCUCUUACAUCGAUGCGUCAAAUGUCUACGGCAGCUCACGCCAUGAAUCUGAGGAAAUUCGCGAUUUGGCCAGCCAAAGGGGCCUGCUCCGGCAAGGUAUCAUCCAGCGAACAGGGAAGCCACUUCUGCCAUUUGCUACUGGCCCACCCACUGAGUGUAUGAAGGAUGAAAAUGAGAGUCCAAUUCCAUGUUUCUUAGCUGGAGAUCACCGUGCCAAUGAGCAGCUUGGUCUGACCUCUAUGCACACGGUGUGGUUCAGGGAACAUAACCGCAUAGCUACAGAGCUACUGAGACUUAACCCCCACUGGGACGGGGACACCAUCUACCACGAGGCCAGGAAGAUAGUGGGGGCCCAGAUGCAGCACAUCACCUACAGUCACUGGUUGCCAAAGAUCCUGGGUGAGGCAGGCAUGAAGUCGAUGGGGCCAUACACUGGUUACAACCCAAAUAUUAACACCGGCAUCCUCAAUGCUUUCGCCACUGCUGCCUUCCGCUUCGGGCACACCCUCAUCAACCCAAUACUCUACAGGUUAGACGAGGACUUCCAGCCUAUCCCCCAGGGACACAUCUCCUUGCACCGGGCCUUCUUCUCCCCGUUCCGCAUCGUGAAUGAGGGCGGAAUUGACCCACUCCUUCGUGGGCUCUUUGGCGUCGCUGGUAAAAUGCGGGUUUCCACACAGCUGCUGAAUACAGAGCUGACGGAGAGGUUGUUCUCCAUGGCCCACGCUGUGGCUCUGGACCUGGCUGCCAUGAAUAUACAGAGAGGAAGGGAUCAUGGUAUUCCACCAUACAAUGAUUACAGGACCUUCUGUAACCUGACCUCGGCUCAGACGUUUGAUGACUUGAGGAAUGAAAUUAAGAAUCCUACUGUCAGAGACAAACUGCAGAGGCUGUAUGGCAGUCCUCUGAACAUCGAUCUGUUCCCUGCACUGAUGGCUGAAGACCUGGUCCCUGGCAGUAGAUUGGGGCCCACCCUCAUGUGUCUGCUGGCAACUCAGUUCAAACGCCUGCAAGAUGGAGACAGGUUCUGGUAUGAAAACCCAGGCGUGUUUUCCCCUGCCCAGCUGACCCAAUUGAAGCAAGCCUCUCUGGCACGGGUGCUGUGUGACAACGGGGACAACAUCACACGCGUCCAGCAGGAUGUCUUCAAAGUGGCCAAGCUGCCCCACGGCUACAGCAGCUGUGAGGACAUCCCUCAGAUUGACCUGCGCAUGUGGCAGGACUGCUGUGAAGACUGCAGAACCAAGGGUCAGUUCAACGCCCUGUCCUAUCACUUUAGAGGACGCCGAUCAGCUGAGCACAGCUACAAAGAGAAUAAACCUGCUAACAGCAUCCAGGAGAACAGCCCAGUGGAGCAAGCUGUAGAAAGUCUUGUAAAUGUUACUGUGACCUCCAAGAAAAGCACUGAACCCUCAAUCAACGACUUCCAGGACUUUGUCUCCGACAUGCAGAAGACAAUCACAAGCUUACGAAAGCAGAUUAAAAGACUCGAGGCUCGUCUGAGCAAGACUGACUGCACUGAUAGUGAGGGACGUGAGCGCGCCGAUGGAGAGCGGUGGAAAGAGGACUCCUGCACCAUAUGUGAAUGCAGAGACACCCAGGUGACCUGCUAUGUGGAGGCUUGCCCUCCAGCUGAGUGCAAACAACCUGUCAAGCUAAAAGGCGCCUGCUGCCCGGUGUGCCUAGAACAGGCAGAUGUUGAGAAGCGGCAAAAAUCAGACACCCGCCACGAAUAACCCUCAGGACCCCCCCGACAAAUACACUCUAGUGGCUGAAAGUCUGAGAGUCACACAGACAUCCAGAGAGAGGAUGGGACUCAUGAAUGUGUGUCAUCAACCGCCGCCAUUAGCCCCAAUAGACCCAAUAGCCUCAGUUUUUGUUCCGUUUCAUUUUGUAUUCUUUUUUUCGUUGAUUGAGGGAGGGGGGUGAUUUCAAUUGUGGAUUGUUGCCCCCACCAGGGCCAGCAGCCUGAGGCUUGGUUUGAAGUCCUCUGGCGACCAGCCAGCGAUCACUAAAUGGAUUCAUUUCUGAACCGAAGGGGGGAUGGAUGGAUGAAUGGGUGGAUUGUAAACACGAUGGACAAACCUCUUCUCCUUGGUGGAGUCCACUGAGGCUUCUCACAUGUAACAAACAGCCACUGUGUUGGUGACAAAACGCAGGGCCACUCGCCGUUGACAAGCAGGAAAGGGAAGUAGUUUUAAAAGCGGCAGCCAUUUUGUCUCACAAAAUUUUCUCAGGUUAGAGAUGCAGAAAAAACGGUGCUAUUUGCCCCCCUUUUUUAUUAAUGAUUUAAUCACUAAAUACAAACCUUCAAAGUAUUGUCUUUUGUAUGCAAAGCAACCUAUAUACACUCUGUAUAUGUCUUUUUAUGAUAAAUCACAAUUGAGAGAAGUGUUUUAUUUAAACUAAAAGAGUGUAUGAAUAGAUUUUGGUUUUUUUCCCUCCCUUUUUGUGUAAACAUGCUUACGUAUGAAGAUAAUGUGAAGCCCUAGGAACAUGUUUGUAAUGCAAAAGAGAUGUCUACUGAUUACUGCUCUUCUUCCCAUGGACAACUUGUUAGUUGACUUACUUAUUGUUUCUGCUGGCCUGUCCUGAACUUGAGUGAGGUGGAGCCGUGUAGCACUCCCCAUUGCAGGACACUCAAACCAGCUCUUGCACUGUUGUGCUUCUUCCCAAGUUACAUUUUUGCUUUCAGAAAGCAGUGAAAGAAUAUCCAUUUUUACCACUGUAAUGUUGUGAACUUUGUCCCAGUAUUUUCCUUGGUCUCCUUAAGCCAAAUGUAUGAUUUAGUUACUUCAAAAAUGACAUAAAUAGCAUAUGUCCAUCUAUGAAACUAUGUAUGAAUGUUGUCAUGAGGUCAGGAUUUAGCCUUUGGUACUGCUAUCUCUACCACAGCAGUAUUCUCCUUCUGGCCUGUUCAGAUCUUUUUUCUUCAUGUAUAGUCUUUAGUCCACAGACCACAACAUUGAAAGACUGCUACCAUAACUGUUCUUCUCUGCUGUGGUGGACCUGCAGCUCUCUAACUCCAGUUUAGACAAGGACACGCUUGCAUGCAUUCCUUUGUCAAGCAUCACUUUGACUCCAGCUUUUCCCUCUUUAAGUUUUUUUUACUUUCUCAUGUGUGUUCAGUGUUUGGAUAUUUCCCCCUGUGAGGACCGUCUUUAGUGUUGAUAUAGGUUAGGAAAGCUGGUCCUGCUCAUGUUUCUUUGCCAUGUUGAAGAUUUUGAGACCGGGGUGACGUCAAUCAGCAGAGCAUGUGUGGAGCGCAGGCUUCUCUAGCACUCUGACCCUCAUUCCGCUGUAAUGGAAGCCAUAUUAGAGGGGAAGCAAGGGUUAUGUUGGGGGAGGAGUGCUGAUGAUUGGGAUACAAUGUCAAUCAAAACAAGUCUCCACCAUCUUGCUAGUGUGAGAUUUAUUCCACUGAGCCCUGUCAGCUGGCUCUAAACAUAUACUGUGCUUAGACCACCCAUUGUACGCCACGCACUGGCUCACCUAGAGUAACAUAAGUCACGUUUUGUUUUCCUGUUUUGCUUCGCUCCUAAUUAUGGCGAAGUGGCUGCAGCUGCAGUGUUCCUUUCCAUUGUUUUCUUUGUGGUAACAUCCUGAGCAAGCAUCUGUCACUAAACAGAAAUAAUACUCUCCGGAAUAUUCCAUCCAGGAUUCCAGAUGGAUUACUGGACUGGCAGUGGCACUGGUAAAUUGGUAUCAUAUCAUAUGUUUAAAUAUACUGGACAGGUUUGUACGUUAAACUGUGUGUUUACAGCCGUUUCAAACUGUAUUUUUCUCCUCUCCAUUACUUUCUGAUUGUGGCUCUUCCAACAGUACCUAUAUGUACACAUCCUUUUCAUGUGCUCCAAUUUGUGUGCGUUUCAAUGAAUUAAGUAUUUUGAUAUGUUUUCAUAAACGUGUAUGAAUGUGUCCGUGUGUGUCUCGGCCUCAUUAACAGGCUAAAUGAAUUUUGAAAGUGUCCCAAGGUUUGGCUGUCAAAGCACUGUGAGCUCUCUUCGUUACCAGUCUUCAUAUUCAUAUAUCUGUUGUAUUAUUAUUUCAUUUUUAUUUUCUAUUUUCACCAUAGUUCCCUCUUCUUUUUAUUUCCACCCAAAAACCUCCCAGCUCCCAAGUGUUAAUGGAAUGCACUGCUCUGCUAGACUGAACAUGCUUUACCUACACUGUCCCUUAACCAGUGGUCAAUGUGGAUAUAAUAGUACCUAUCAUCAUGACAUUUGUAUUGUACGUUUGCCAAAGAAUGGUUUGCACUGUAAUGUAUGCCUCUUGACAGUAGUAAUAAAUAAGUAAGCCACAUUUGAAAUAUA